CUUGAUAGUAAACCUGGAGGUAACAUUGAAGACGGUGAUGGGAGAUGUAGUGAGUGGGCUACAGCUUUAGUUCAUUAUUAUGUGCUGCGUGGUUGUGGCGAAGGAGAGAGAGAGAGAUAGAUAGAUAGAUAGAUAGGGAGAGAGAGAGAAAGAGAGGUGUCCAUAUGAUGAGACGGUGUGAGGAGCGUCUUGGAAAGGCAGAGGUGUGAAAGAUUUUAUUUGUCUGCAUAUCCAGGAAGGAAAAGUGGAAGACCGACGGAUUUGUGUCCUCAUGACUGCUUGACUCAAGUAGCCUAGGCAGAAACAGGUUUCUCACGAGACCUGCCUCUUGGAUCAGGUGCUUGAGCUGAUUAUGAAUGAGAAGUCCCCAAACAGUGCCAGUCUUUUCCUUAACGAGGACUCGGACAAACCCCAACUGCCAGAGAGAGGAGACUUGAAGAGGCGCAUACGCAGGGCCAUGGAGAAGAGAGCCAGCAGCAUAAAGGAGAGGAUGGGCUCCAUCAGUCGAGAGAGCAUCAAAGGUUUCCUGAAGAGGAACCUGUUUGUACUCUUCACCGUUGCUGCAGUGGCUCUAGGUGUCAUCCUAGGCUUUAUUUUACGCCCUCACAACCUGUCCCAGAGGGAGAUCAAGUACUUUGCCUUUCCAGGGGAACUGCUAAUGAGGAUGCUUCAGAUGCUGGUGCUGCCUCUCAUUGUUUCCAGUCUGGUCACAGGUAUUUCUUCCUUGGACAGCAAAGCCUCUGGUAAAAUGGGUAUGCGUGCGGUGGUGUACUACAUGGUCACCACCCUGCUGGCUGUCUUCAUCGGCAUUGUCAUUGUGAUAAUCAUCCAACCUGGGAAAGGAAGCAGGGACAGUCCUGUGGCCAAGAGUGGAAACAUAGAACCAGUUCAGGCUGCUGAUGCUUUCCUGGAUCUCAUUAGGAACAUGUUUCCUCCCAAUCUUGUUGAGGCUUGUUUCAAGCAGUAUAAAACUGUGUACAAGAAGACUGUGCACAUAAGGAACGUGACAGUUACACUGAAUCUCACCGACACUCUCAACGUGACAGACUCUAGCCUCAACAUGAACCUCAGCAGAGUGCUGCACACCAUACAGGAGACAGUGGAAGAGACUGUACCUAUGUCCGGCUCCUCUAGUGGAGUGAACGCUCUGGGUUUGGUGGUUUUCUCCAUGUGCUUCGGUCUUGUCAUUGGCAACAUGAAACAGCAGGGUCAGGCUCUCAGAGACUUCUUUGACUGCCUGAAUGAAGCCAUCAUGAGGCUAGUGGCCAUCAUCAUCUGGUAUGCUCCAGUGGGCAUCCUGUUCCUGAUUGCAGGGAAGAUUGUAGAGAUGAAGGAUCUGGCACAGGUGGGAGGCCAGCUUGGGAUGUACACUGUGUCGGUCAUUGUGGGUCUUCUCAUCCAUGGUCUUUUUGUACUGCCAUUACUCUUCUUCCUGGUGACCAGGAAAAACCCCUACAGCUUCAUUGGUGGCCUGCUACAGGCGCUCAUCACUGCUUUUGGAACUUCAUCUAGCUCUGCUACACUGCCCAUUACCUUCCGCUGUCUAGAAGAGAACAACCGUGUGGACAAAAGAGUGACACGUUUUGUCCUCCCUGUGGGAGCAACCAUCAACAUGGAUGGAACUGCUCUCUAUGAGGCUGUGGCAGCCAUUUUCAUCGCCCAAGUCAAUGACAUGGACCUAAACUUCGGCCAGAUUCUCACCAUAAGUAUCACGGCAACCGCUGCCAGCAUCGGAGCAGCAGGCAUCCCUCAGGCUGGCCUGGUUACCAUGGUGAUCGUAUUGACAUCGGUGGGACUGCCCACAGAGGACAUAACACUGAUCAUUGCUGUGGAUUGGUUCUUGGACCGUUUGCGUACCACCACCAAUGUGCUGGGUGACUCGCUAGGGGCUGGCAUAGUGGAGCACCUUUCCCGAGGAGAACUGCAUUGUCAGGAUGCUGAGGUUUGCAACUCUGUACUUGAGGAGAACGAGAAGCCCUACCAGCUUAUCUGCCAGGAAAAUGAUUCACACAAUCACCACAACACUGAGACUAUAAUGUAAGACCCUUGGGGAUUCACUUACAACGAACAUUUAGCUAGAAGGUUGGCUGUACGUGAAAGUCUUAGGAAAUAAUAGUUCUUGGUCAACUCAGACAGUGUUUGGGAUGUCCAGAGCCAUGUUUCUGGCCGUUUAAUGACAGACAAAAAGUACACGAGCUGUCUUGUAGGAACAGUAUCAAUCCUACACCUACAAUCUGAUUCAGUGUUUCUGCCUAGAGUUCCAGUUAUUUCGGGGGCAUUUUGCUGGUUUGUAACUGUCUAUUUCAGUGUCAGGCAAGAUAAUUAUGUCAAAAACUGUUGAAAGUAUUUUUCAUAGUCUUCAGCUUCAUUGUGUUUUCAAAAUCUUCUAUUAUUAUUGAUCCAUACAGAGAGCCUCAUAAACUCCUAACCAGCACUAGUGUUAAAAUACACAGACACCACCAUUCAUAAAAAAAAAGGAAACAACAGAUUUUCUCCUCUUGUGAAUAGUUUAAUCACACAAAACUUUGCAUUUUCUGUUGCAUCAUUUUCUCUUCCAUAAACACUCAUGUUUGUGAGUAUCGCCGUGACUACCUCUAAUAGGAUUUAGAGGUUAUAUAUGGAUCUUCUACAGCAACCACAUGAAACACACUGAAGCAUAUCAGCAAGUUGUAAAUACAUCAGUCUUAUAAUAGUUUUUCUUGUUAUUUAAGUUUGCUUGCACAAUGUUGUCAUAAAACUUUGAAUGUACCUGACUGUUAAACACUCAAGAAGUGUGCUAAAGAGAAUAUUUGCUACCUGUUAUUCUUUAGUUUAAAAAGUUUUUUUUGUAACUAUUUGUUUUGUAUUUCAAGUGACUGGUUAGAUUGGUAGAGUUUUCUUUUGGGGGGGGGGAGUAAUGCUUUAAACAUGUAGGACUGUUCUGCUACAAAGUAAUGCCACAGGAAGAGCUGCAGUGAUACUCGUUCUUUUUCCUUUAAUCAACACAAAUAUUCAGAUUCUUAAAGGCAGAAGUAUCCUCAAAAACAAUGACUGAUUUUAAUUCAUUUUUAGUUAAAAGUUCACCUUUUUCUUUUUGAGUUUGAUCAAUCUUGCAUUUGAUUAUUUGUAAGAUGCCUUUCUUUUGAAGUAUAACUGUAGUGUCAAGACUAAUAGAGAACCUUUUGUUUUUGAUCACAGAGAAUGCUUUGUAUAAGUUUACCCAUACAUCUGCCUGUAUUUUUAUUAUUAUCAUUAUUGUGGUUCUAUUUUGACUUGAAUAAUAUAUUGCAAGCUAAUGACUGAUUAAUUUAGUAUUGUUUUGUGUAGAGCUACUGUGAAGAACGUUUGUAAAUGCCUUGAGAAAUUGAAUGUACAUUUAAAUUGUUGCUGUUGAUUGUUUUAGAGGAAGUGUAGUUUAGUAUUAUCAAAGUGAAAAGUUACCAUUUAACUAAAAGCUCUUCUAAUUUUGUUUGACUGUAAUGCUCAUUAAGGGUUUUGCUUUGGUUUUAAUGCUUGGUGUUAUUUUAGUAAAAAAAGCUCAACAUUUUGAUGGACAGCUUCUAUAAAAUGUGACAAAUAAAUGGCUCAGGAAUUAAA